AUAAAACCCACCUCAACUUCUUCUACUCACUCCAACUCUCAAACCCUAACACUAACAUAACACUCUCCUCUUAUAACAGAAUAAAAAAACAUGAAAAUACCUAUCUCCAUUACUGUCCUUGUUAAUUUCUUGCUCUUGUUCAUUUCUCCUCAGUUUCUUUCACUCUCAACCGCCGCAACCACACCGCAAGAUCUCCUCCGUUCAUCAUGUGCACAAGCAAGAUACCCAGCUCUCUGCUUCCAAACACUCUCUAACCAAGUCACUCCCACAGCGAAGCCCUUAGACCUGGCUCAGGCCGCCGUUAAAGCCAGUCUCACUCGCACUCUCACCCUUUCCGUUUACUUCAAGAACACUCUAAACUCAAAGCUGCCUGUUGGGUCAAAAAACAAAAGCAGAAAGCGAGUUGCAUUGAGUGACUGUGUUGCUCAGGCUUCCGAUUCCGUUAUUGAGUUAAACCGAACGUCGAACGAGUUAAGGAAGCUUCACAUGGGAACGUUCGAGUGGCAAAUGAGUAACGCUCAGACAUGGACUAGUACUGCUUUAUCCAACGGUAACGCGUGUAUUAACGGUGUCAAUAGGAGUGAUGCAGAAGAGAAGGUGAAGGUGGAGGUGAAACGUAGGGUUACGGAAGUAUCCAUGUUUACGAGUAACGCUCUCUAUUUAAUCAGUCGUCUUGGUGAUAGCAGGAAACCAAAGCCUCACUCCAAUUCCAAUAACUGAUGUAUCCAUUGUCAAGUUUCUGGUUUGGUUUCCCAUAGUGUUGACUAUGUUGACAUAACUUAAUGUGCAUGAAAAUCUUUUGUUUAGUUUUUGUUUUUGCUGUAUGCAAAAGACAAGAUGUAAAUCUAUGUUAUUGUAUGCUGUUUUUAACAUGUUGGCUUAGCUGUCUUUAGAUUAGUCAAUGGAAAUUUAAUGCUCUAAGGAUUUUCUUGCGAUUUAAUUUUAACUCCCCGUACUUGAAUUGAAAAUAAAGAAUAUAUAUCUUAUCUUAUAUAUAAAUCCAAGGUUGUCAUGAUGGCA